AUGGCUCCUCAUGCAAUUGGCAAGGCUGCAGAGGCAGAGAAUCUGGAGGAAAUCGCCCUCCAGGAUGCAACUGCAGAGGAUCCGAGGAAUCCUGCCAUCUCUCAGAUCGUGGCAUGCUUGACAAGUCUGGAGCCUCUACGCCCUGAUGUCGUGCGAGCGGUCCCUGCCUACGUCCCCUUGCGAGCGGCGGGGCGCAUCCUGAGGAGAAUCGGCGCAGAGGACAAAGCCGGAAACUAUGCAAAGAGCUCGCCCACCUUGAAGAUCUCCGAGUUUUGGAGCCACAGCUGGCACGGGGCAGUCUGGUCGAAGGUACUCAUGCUUCUGGUCAUGAACAACGGCCUCGCAAGUCUCUGCGUGGGCACCUUAGGUGGAGCUCUUCUGGUCUCUGCUUUCUGGGCAUUUGGCCCAGCUCAGGAUCCGGGCGACCCCUUGGACGCAAUGCUCGCCACUCUUCUCUUCUCUCUGAUGUGCUGUGCGCUCACCCUGAUCUUCUGGCGCCGGGGUCAAAGCGUGUUUAUGGACCAGCUUUGUAUCCAUCAGGCAGACAUGGCCCUGAAAACCGCUGGUCUGAUCAGCAUGCCAGCCAUCCUCAAGUGCAGCAGCACCAUGGUGGUUUGUUGGGAUUCCACGUAUGUGCAGCGGGCCUGGUGCGUUUUUGAGAUGGCGGCCUUCAUGAAAGCCCACGGCGAGGAUGCGAAGCUCGUCAUAAGGCCAACUUUCCUAGGGCCGUGUAGCAUGGCCUUCCACGCAGGCCUGGCAGGCAUUAUGGCGGUGAACCUGGCAACGUUCUACUUUGCAACUGACUUGGAUACGUCUGCCAUGUCCAUGCUCAGAUUGGCGCUCAUACUGCUGGGCAUAACGGGCUUCAUGUUCGUGGCGGUAUCCUCUUUUCGAAAGUACCACAUGUCAGUGAAGGAGAUGGUCGAGCAACUCAGAGAUUUCUCGGUUCAUGAUGCAGUGGCGUGCUGCUGCACGCAAGGACACCUAGAUUCUUCCGGGAAUCCAAUUCCACUUUGCGACAAGGAAAUCAUCCUCGAAUGUAUCCUCAGUUGGUUCGGGUCGGUGGAGGUCUUCAACCAAAGGGUUCAGAAGCAAAUGCAAAGUGCCUUGGUGCCUCAACUCGGCCACCUCUCCUUCUCGUACUCCUGGAUGGCAGCUUGCUCCAUCCCGGUUUUCUGGACGUACAUGGCGAGGUUCAUGUAUUUCGCCUUUGAAGGGGCCUGGUCGGACUGCCUCCAGGCUUUCUUCUUUACCCUGGCCUGGUGGCUCGGGGCCACCCCCAUCAUGGCAAUGAGCAUCCUCUCAGUCUCCAGAGCUCUCGCAAGGAGGCGCUCUCUGUGUUGCAGCCUCCUAACAAACCUGCUGGCUUCCUGGGUGGUCCUGCCCAUCUACAUCGGCAUCGAGCUGUGGAUGCGCGUCUGCUACUCGCUCCAGCCCGGCUUGCCGGGCGUCAGCAUCUCUGCCGGAUCGCUGAUCGUCCUCGCCCUUCUGCUGGCGGCCCUCAUGUCCUGGUGUGCACGGCGUGCUGAGACUUCGUAG